UUGCCUACAGAAUGUUUGAAUUAAUUGAAUAGUGGGCGAGCUGUGCUGGGAACGGUAAUUCUGAACCGGUUCUCGCCCGAUUCCAAUUAGAAGUGGCGAUGCGUACGUGGAACGAGUGGCUCAAGCAAUGUACCAAUGCAACAGGACGUUGCUCUUCACGCUGCUGCUGCUGAUGAUCGUAGUGGUCCUCAUCCUGACGUUCUACUACAACAGCGAGACCGAGGAGCUGGGGAACGUCGUGCUGCUGGACAACGUCGAUUACGACCAGCAGCCGCAAUCGUACCUCGAUCACGACAGACUGUUCGAUUUGCGGCUCAGGUAUGACGUGAGCGGCGAGAAUUGCGCGAUCGGCACUCCGCUCUUCGCUGUCAUUCUGGUUACCAGUUACUUUGGAAACGUGGAGACGCGCAGCGCCAUCAGAAGGGCAUUUCCCAAGGAUUCGCUGCGCGAUCUGAACGCGACGUUCGUGUUCCUGCUGGGACGGAAAAGCGAUGAUAUGUUCGUUAAGCAGGAUGCGGUGCUCGACGAGGCGCACCGGUUCGGCGACAUCCUGCAAGGGAAUUUCCGGGAGGCCUACAGGAACCUCACGUACAAGCAUCUGAUGGGCCUGAAAUGGGCGUCGGAGAGAUGCGCGAACGCAGAGUACGUUGUUAAGAUGGACGAUGAUAUCGUGGUGAAUCUUCCCGAAAUCCUGAAGGUUCUUCGCAAUGUUAAAUUGCCGCAGAAACUGUUGGCUGGAUACAUUUUGAAGGAUAUGGAGCCGAAGAGGGAGAAGGCGAACAAGUGGUUCGUUACGGAAGACGAGUACAGGGAUAAAGUUUAUCCGACUUUUCUGAGCGGUUGGUUCUACGUGACGAAUCCGAAGACGAGUCGCAGCUUGGUCAGAGCUGUUCGGGGCGAGAAGUACUUUUGGAUCGACGAUACAUUCAUCACCGGAAUUCUGGCGAGGAAGGUGAAGAUCAAGCAUUACAAUUUAGGGGAUUACUUCACCGUGCAUCCUGAAUUCCUGAGGUGUUGCAUGAGCGAUGUCAGCAAGUUGAGCGUCGGUUGCGAAGUGAUGAUCGGGCCGAACGGUGGUGACGCCAAUCUGUUCUUCGAGUUCAACAGAGCGUUGGGGAAAUGCUGGAAGUCUGGUAGUUGCAAGAAGAGGGAUCUGCCGUUGAACAGGACCUGCGUCGCGGAGAGGGUCGUCAACUUGGGAAGGGGAACGUCUGUGAUAGAAGAUUACAAAUUGUCUUGAUGUAAUAUUUUGUAAAUUAUUAUGAA